AUAAACACAACUUGUACAAGGGGGACUCCUACAUUGUGUUAUCAGUGAGUAUAAACACAACUUGUACAAGGGGGACUCCUACAUUGUGUUAUCAGUGAGUAUAAACACAACUUGUACAAGGGGGACUCCUACAUUGUGUUAUCAGUGAGUAUAAACACAACUUGUACAAGGGGGACUCCUACAUUGUGUUAUCAGUGAGUAUAAACACAACUUGUACAAGGGGGACUCCUACAUUGUGUUAUCAGUGAGUAUAAACACAACUUGUACAAGGGGGACUCCUACAUUGUGUUAUCAGUGAGUAUAAACACAACUUGUACAAGGGGGACUCCUACAUUGUGUUAUCAGUGAGUAUAAACACAACUUGUACAAGGGGGACUCCUACAUUGUGUUAUCAGUGAGUAUAAACACAACUUGUACAAGGGGGACUCCUACAUUGUGUUAUCAGUGAGUAUAAACACAACUUGUACAAGGGGGACUCCUACAUUGUGUUAUCAGUGAGUAUAAACACAACUUGUACAAGGGGGACUCCUACAUUGUGUUAUCAGUGAGUAUAAACACAACUUGUACAAGGGGGACUCCUACAUUGUGUUAUCAGUGAGUAUAAACACAACUUGUACAAGGGGGACUCCUACAUUGUGUUAUCAGUGAGUAUAAACACAACUUGUACAAGGGGGACUCCUACAUUGUGUUAUCAGUGAGUAUAAACACAACUUGUACAAGGGGGACUCCUACAUUGUGUUAUCAGUGAGUAUAAACACAACUUGUACAAGGGGGACUCCUACAUUGUGUUAUCAGUGAGUAUAAACACAACUUGUACAAGGGGGACUCCUACAUUGUGUUAUCAGUGAGUAUAAACACAACUUGUACAAGGGGGACUCCUACAUUGUGUUAUCAGUGAGUAUAAACACAACUUGUACAAGGGGGACUCCUACAUUGUGUUAUCAGUGAGUAUAAACACAACUUGUACAAGGGGGACUCCUACAUUGUGUUAUCAGUGAGUAUAAACACAACUUGUACAAGGGGGACUCCUACAUUGUGUUAUCAGUGAGUAUAAACACAACUUGUACAAGGGGGACUCCUACAUUGUGUUAUCAGUGAGUAUAAACACAACUUGUACAAGGGGGACUCCUACAUUGUGUUAUCAGUGAGUAUAAACACAACUUGUACAAGGGGGACUCCUACAUUGUGUUAUCAGUGAGUAUAAACACAACUUGUACAAGGGGGACUCCUACAUUGUGUUAUCAGUGAGUAUAAACACAACUUGUACAAGGGGGACUCCUACAUUGUGUUAUCAGUGAGUAUAAACACAACUUGUACAAGGGGGACUCCUACAUUGUGUUAUCAGUGAGUAUAAACACAACUUGUACAAGGGGGACUCCUACAUUGUGUUAUCAGUGAGUAUAAACACAACUUGUACAAGGGGGACUCCUACAUUGUGUUAUCAGUGAGUAUAAACACAACUUGUACAAGGGGGACUCCUACAUUGUGUUAUCAGUGAGUAUAAACACAACUUGUACAAGGGGGACUCCUACAUUGUGUUAUCAGUGAGUAUAAACACAACUUGUACAAGGGGGACUCCUACAUUGUGUUAUCAGUGAGUAUAAACACAACUUGUACAAGGGGGACUCCUACAUUGUGUUAUCAGUGAGUAUAAACACAACUUGUACAAGGGGGACUCCUACAUUGUGUUAUCAGUGAGUAUAAACACAACUUGUACAAGGGGGACUCCUACAUUGUGUUAUCAGUGAGUAUAAACACAACUUGUACAAGGGGGACUCCUACAUUGUGUUAUCAGUGAGUAUAAACACAACUUGUACAAGGGGGACUCCUACAUUGUGUUAUCAGUGAGUAUAAACACAACUUGUACAAGGGGGACUCCUACAUUGUGUUAUCAGUGAGUAUAAACACAACUUGUACAAGGGGGACUCCUACAUUGUGUUAUCAGUGAGUAUAAACACAACUUGUACAAGGGGGACUCCUACAUUGUGUUAUCAGUGAGUAUAAACACAACUUGUACAAGGGGGACUCCUACAUUGUGUUAUCAGUGAGUAUAAACACAACUUGUACAAGGGGGACUCCUACAUUGUGUUAUCAAUUAAAGAUGUCAAAGGUGCAAUGGAGAUGCACAUCCACUUCUGGCUCGGCAGUGAGAGCUCACAGGACGAGGCUGGAACUGCGGCUAUUAAAUCUGUAGAACUUGAUGACCACCUGGAUGGCGCUCCUGUCCAACACCGGGAAGUGGAGAACCACGAAUCCAAGAUGUUCUCCAAUUACUUUAAGAGUAAAGGCCUGAAUUACAUGAAUGGAGGAGCCAAGUCAGGAUUUAACCACGUAGAACAUUCCUUCACUGUACGGCUGAUGAGGGUCAAAGGCAAACAUCAUAUUCGAGCGACAGAGGUUGCCAACGUUUCCUGGUCAGAAAUGAACAAGGGUGAUGUAUUUAUACUUGAUGUUCCAAAAAACCAAUUGAUGUUUGUCUGGAAUGGGGAAGGAUCAACCAAUCGGGAGAAGAUAAAGGGACUGAACUAUGCUACUCAGCUAAAGAAUGGUCGCCCUAAAAAGACAAACUUGGUGGUUGUCGAGGAUGGUCAGGAGAAUGAGACAUACAUGGCUCCUCUUGAGUUAAAGGUGUUCAAUGAACAUCUUCCUUUGGGAGAGAAAAGUGCCAUCAAAUCUACAGAAGCAGGAGGUGAAGAUACGAAAGCUGAUGAGAACACACCAGACAAGGUUGUCAAACUCUAUGUAGUGACAGACGAAAAUGAUACUUUAACAGUAUCCGAGGUGAAAACAGGACCACUGAAGCACCAGGACCUAGAUCCUAAGGAUGCUUUCAUUAUAUCAAGCGAUCAGGGUAUCUGGUACUGGAAGGGCAAGGAAUCCUCGCAGAAGGAGAGGAAAGGAAUGACAUUAGCUGUGGGAUUUCUGAACAAGAAAGGGAUGAACCUCAACACACAAGUCACCACAAUUUCCCAGUGGGCCGAGCCUGUCGAGUUCCAGUGGCUGUUCAGUAACUGGCCACAGCCAAAGUCAACUGGAAAAACUUACAACCGCAACAAAAUAGCCAAGACUGUUCAGACCAAGUUUGAUGCAUCCACACUGCACUCCAACCCUCAACUGGCUGCAGAGACCCAGAUGGUAGACGAUGGGUCUGGACGUGUCGCGGUGUGGCGUGUGGAGGGGGAGAACCUGGUUCCCCUACAGGAGAAGUACUGGGGCGAGUUCUUUGGUGGGGACAGUUAUGUCAUACAGUACACCUACAACUCGGGCAGUGAGAAAAAUAUCAUCUACUUCUGGCAGGGUACCCAUUCAAGUGAUCUGGAGAAGGGAACUGCAGCCCUCAAAGCUGUGGAACUUGACGAUAAGUUGGGGGGCAGUGCUGUACAGGUACGGGUUGUGCAAGGGAAGGAGCCGCCCCACUUCAUGGCAUUGUUUGAUGGCAAAAUGAUCAUCUUCUCUGGAGGAAAAGCGUCGGGAAGUCAGGACAAGAGCGAUGGCAAAGAUCACGGAGAUGGACCCGGUGACAAGUACAUGUUACAUGUCCGUGGCACGUCACAACUGUGUCUGAAGGCAGUCCAGGUGCCUCUCCGUGCUGCCUCCCUCAAUUCCAAUGACGUGUUUGUAAUUGUCACGAAAACUAAUGUCUUCAUCUGGAUGGGAAAGGGCUGUACUGGAGAUGAAAGGGAAAUGGCCAAAAAGAUUUGCACACGUUAUUCUCGUAAGCCAGAUAUGGUUUUCGAAGGCCAGGAGAAGAAAGACUUUUGGACUUUACUGGGAGGACAGGAGGAUUAUCCUAGUGAGAAACGUUUACAGAUGUCUGAGGAAGUACGAGCACCAAGGCUGUUCCAGCUUUCAAAUGCAUCUGGGAACCUCAAAGCCAGCGAGAUCCCUGACUUUACACAAGAGGAUUUGGUGGUGGACGAUGUGAUGCUGCUUGACGCGUGGGACACUCUUUUUCUGUGGGUUGGCCAGGGGGCCAACAAGGUGGAGCGCACUGAGUCACCCAAAUUAGUAAUGGACUACCUGAAAUCUGACCCUGCUGGUAGAGAUCCUGAUGCAACCAUCAUACAGAUCAAACAAGGCUACGAACCCCCGAAUUUCUACGGCAGCUUUGGUCAAUGGGACAUGGAACUUUGGAGUAAAGGAAAGACGUACAGUGAAAUGGUGGAAGAUGCCAAAAAUCUGAAUGAAGUAUUGCCUCAGGAACUGACGGAUACAUCAAGUAACGGCACAGACUUCAGCACAGUGUCAAAGUACCCGCUGGAGAAACUCCAAGGGUCUGCAGAUGAUCUGCCUCAGGGUGUAGAUCCUACUUGUCGAGAGCUUCACCUCGAGACAGAAGAGUUUGACCGCCUAUUUGGUAUGGCAUUCGCCGAAUUCCAGAACAUACCAACGUGGAAACAGAAGCAAAUAAAACAGAAGUUAAAACUGUUUUAAAAUGUACAUUACUCCUAUUUUAUAUUCAUAUACCAGUAGAACAGGAAACAUGCAAAUAAGUAUUGUACAGGGAUUUACAAUCUUACAGUUCACAAAUAAUGGACAACGCAUGUUUGAUGUAGGGAUAUGGGGGUAGGAGCAGAAAGUGCAUUCGCCGAGAUAUUUUUUACUGGCUUUUCAUGUUCUAUUUUUCUUUUUUUUAAACCAAACAUUUAUGUGUACAGGCUAAUUUCGUGUUUAAACAUUGAGAUCCUAGGGUUGGACUUAAGCAAUUAUCAUCAGUAUAAAACAAGAAUUUAUAUAGUAUCUGAGUUAAUGCUGCUUUCAUAUGUGUGACUAAAUGUAUACUGUCACACAGAUGUGACUUAGUGUAUACUGUUAAAUAGAUGUGACUUAGUGUAUACUGUUACAUAGAUGUGACUUAGUGUAUACUGUCACACAGAUGUGACUUAGUGUAUACUGUCACACAGAUUUGACUUAGUGUAUACUGUUACAUAGAUGUGACUUAGUGUAUACUGUCACACAGAUGUGACUUAGUGUAUACUGUUACAUAAAUGUGACUGAAGUGUUUAUUUAUCAUGUGUUAAGUUUAAAGUUAGAUCUUAUAUACACAUUUUUGUACUCCUGUUUUUUUUCUAUUAUUGCAUUCCAACAUUAGUUCCAUAGGUCUAACGGUUUGGAUAUACAUUCCAUGUAAUACACGAGGGGUUGUCUCCCUUUUUAUGAUAUUAUACAGUGUUGUGCUCAAGAACUGAGUGUAUUCAAUGUUUAGAUAGAUAUAUUUAUACAUGUUCAAUAUUUGAUAUAUAUGAUAUAAUUAUACAUCUGAAUUUUGCUUCUAUUCAUGGCCAAAAACGUCCUCUGUCGAAAUGUAUUUUUUUCCAUGGUUAUCGGUUGUGUAGCACAUGUAUAAAUGCUUAUUGUUUAAGCUUGAUGGGAAAGAAACUGAAAAAGAAAGGAUUUCAACACAGGUCCUGGUGUGAAAAAAAGAAUAUAAGAGAAAUGGGAGAAAAGAGUGUUAAAAUGAAUUUUCAUUUCUGUUUGGAAAAUAGUUUUCGUGUAUUUUCAUUUUACCUCAAAGAUGUUAUCCUUACUCACGUUAGCAUGAACAUUUCUACAUUUUGCCUUUAAUAUCACUAAUUUUGUUUAGUUUGACUGUUUCUGCAUUUCUCUUAUAUAACAAUAGGAUGAGAUUUUACUCCAUCUGUAAAACGUAGGAAUAGUAAUACCAUGAAAUCAGUGUUGUUUAAAGCUUGGACGUGACCAAGCCUCCUGCCUCGCUUUCAUGUGGAAUGGGUCCUGAUUACACAGGUGUCAUUUAAUUGCUUAUAUAGAGUAGUGCAUUGUAUUACAUAAUUAUAUUAGUCCGGGAUACAGAGGGUUUCUAGAUAAAAGUUAUGUUUCUUUGUUAGCAUGAAACAAAUGUUUUGUAUGACACAUUAAGAAUUGAUACUGUCUUAGACAUUAAAGCAUAAUUAAACAAUCAGCGUGAGUUUAAAAGAUCUGUUCAAGUACUGUUACCAUUAGAUCUGAUGUCGUUUAUAGUAAUGAUAUUGUGGCUAUCACUUUAUUUUCUACAUUUGUAAUUAUACAUAUGAAAUACAGCUGAUGCAUAAUGUACAGUCACAGAGAUGGGAGAUCUCUCGACUUUUAUUCCUUAACAAAGCAAUAAUUUUAUAUAAUUAGAGCAAUACAUGUUCAAAUAGGAAAUUUACAUAUGUAUAUAGCCUUUAUACAACACAUUGCCCUUCAUUGUUGAUCCUGUUUUUCAUUUCAAACUUUUUUGUUAAGAAAUUGUUACUUUUUAAAGUACCUAGUAUAUAUUCAUGACUAUGCACAAUGAUAAAGGAUAAAUGGGUAUAAAUACCAACAAGAAUAUGGGUUCAGAUUAUUCCCUUCAUUAGCAAUUUUGUGAAAGUAAAAACUCUGUUGUUUUCAAAUUUACAAAAGGUUUUAUUAAAAACAACUUGUUGGAAUUCUGUACCUGGGUGACAUAAUAUCACUAUGACUGGGAAAAUAAGGGAUUCGCGAUGUAUACUGUUGAAUCACGACGUAUACUGUUGAAUCACGAUGUAUACUGUUGAAUCACGAUGUAUACUGUUAAGUUUUCAAAAUCAAAAUUACGUGUCUGUUAUAGCAGCAGCUAGCUUCAUUUUUAUCAUUAUGUCACCAGAUAACAUAUCCUGAGGAAGUCAAUACUAUAGUGUAUAUAGGGAAUCAGCCCUCACUGGGCAGCCCUCACUGGGCAGCCCUUACCAGGUCCCAGCCGGGGGCUCUCCUGUCUAGGCCCUUACCAGGUCCCAGCCAGGGGCUGUCCUGUCUAGGCCCUUACCAGGUCCCAGUCGGUGGCUCUCCUGUCUAGUACUAGCAGUGAGAAGUACCAUUGUUUAUCAUUAUUAUGUAAAUAGGAUAUAUGGGGUAUGUACUGAUGCAUGUACACAAAAUAGAGGAAAUGAUAUACUUUGCUCAGAAUUGUAAAAAUUGCAUUUAUAAGAAAUCUAGGUGUUUAUUUAAAGCUGUGAUGAUCACAGUAUGGACAACUGUGUCUCCAGGGUAAAAAGCCAGUCGGUUUUCACGCUCAUUAUUUCAACUUUCUCACUUAGUUUUUAAUUUCACUGAUUUAGGGUUGGAUACAAGUGAACCUCAUAUUGGGUCAUCAAAUAUUGAAGGCUUUAUAUAUAUUUAUAUAUAAUUCUUUUUUCUUUUCUUUCCAUUUUUAUCCAAUUUGUUUAUCCAGGCAAAGAUGGCCUCUGAAAGGCAGUAUUACAAUAGUGAUGCUGUAAUGAUUCCCGUCAAUACCAUCAGAGGCACUUACUGCUCAUGACACUUACAUCAUUAGUAAAGUUUGGAGAUGUUUCACAUCAUGCUGGGAAGUGUUCCUUACUGUUAACCUUUCACCCUUUUGUCCUUUGUAAUAAUGAGCAAUGAAUGCUGAUGGUGACUCAAAUACAUAGAUAACUACAAGUAGUAUUGCCAUUGUGACGGCUGAAAUAGCACUGAAAUAGGGCAAACAUAGCUCUAGAUGAAAAUUUCCCAGUAUAAGUGUCAAAUUUCUCUGUAAACAGGAGCAAAACCUCCCAAUUUAAUGAACAAAAAUUUCACAAUAUGCAGUAUUAAUCACAAAACCAGCCUUAAGUACAGUAUUUCACAAUAGGAAGGAUUUUUUAUAUCAAAGCUAUCGAAAACACAACCUGAAGUUAAAGUUGAAGACAUUUCAGUGGGCUAUAUGUAGGCUUGUUAUCUGUAUAGUUCUGUACAAUAUGUGUCCAACAAAAGAUGCUAAUAAUUUUUUUAAUCUAUGUUAUUUUUUUAAAUCUUGUGAUUUUUCUUGUAUUUUUGAAAUAAACAUUCUACUCAGAAUUAGCUAUCAUACUUA